CUACUGCAGUCGACCACAGACAGACAGAGACACCAAUGGAGAGGCACAUCAGACAACAACUUGUCAUUGAAGUUAGAAUCAUACAGCAGAUAUUAGUCUGUUAGAAAGGUAAACAUACAGUAGAAGUAAGUUAAUUAAUACUAUAAGUAAAAGUAAAAAAUCUUAUAUAUUACAAUAAAAGGUCAGUCUGAAUUAGUUGAUUAAUUGAUUGAUUGGGGAAAUCAUUGAUAUUCGGUAUGGUUAGUUAAGAUGGCCGACUACGUCAACAAACAGGUGAUUGAAUUAAAAGAAGUUAAUCAAGAAAACCAGAAUAGAGCAACGAGGAGCGUGAAGACUGAGACCCAUCUCUCAGAUGGAAGACUAAGACUCUACAGGCUGGCUGCUGUGUGUUUAGGAGUGCUGUGUGUUCUACAAGUCACUCUCAACAUCUCCCUGCGGCUGGCUUUCUAUAACAGAGGCAAUGAGACUGUGGAGAGAGACCAGCUACAGACCAGUUACAACACACUGACUGAAGAGAGAGACCAGCUACAGACCAGUUACAAAACCCUGACUGAAGAGAGAGACCAGCUAAAACCCAUUUACAACAUUCUGACUAAAGAGAGAGACCAGCUACAGACCAGUUACAACACCCUGACUAAAGAGAGAGACCAGCUACAGAUCAGUUACAACACCCUGACUAAAGAGAGAGACCAGCUACAGAUCAGUUACAACACCCUGACUAAAGAGAGAGACCAGCUACAGAUGGAUAGAGAUGAUCUCACGUCAAAGUUCUCUAAUCUGAAACAAACCUGUCCUGAAGGCUGGCAGAUUAAGUUGGAAUCCAGUUGGUACUUCCUGUCUACUGAGACUAAAAGCUGGAAGGAGAGCAGACAGGACUGUCUGAAGAGAGGAGCAGACCUGGUGAUCAUAAACAGUGAUUUGGAACAGGAGUUUCUCUUAAGCUUCAAUAAGAGAGCCUGGAUUGGUCUGACUGACUCUGUUACUGAGGGGGCCUGGAAAUGGGUGGACGGCACCCCACUGACCAUCCCAAGUUACUGGUACUCACAGCAGCCUGAUAAUGGUGGUGACAACCCAGCAAAUGGUGAGGAGGACUGUGUUGAGCUGAACACAGAAACCUGGCUUCCUGUAAAGGCAUGGAAUGACCAGUCAUGUUUAGACAAUCGUUACUGGAUUUGUGAGAAAGUGGUUUAACAUCACCAUGACAACAGAGGAGGCUGGUGGGAGGACGUGCACACAUACAGCACCUUACAGUGCACACAACUUCAUUCUCUCUCUCUAAGACACACACACACCAACACACUGCUGGUACUGUACUGAGGGGCAAACAACCUGAUAAUGGUUGUGAACCAGAAUAUAUUGUAACUAGGACUGUGCUGAUGUUAAUAUUGGGAAUUUUGUAUAUAAAUAUUCUGACAUAGCAUUUACCUCUCAACAUAACUGGAUUUGUGAAGAGUUAUACAGUAGCUCAUUAUAUAGUAGUGCUACAGUGCUAAUGCAUCUCUCUCUCUGGUUAAACAGUGUGUAGACAUACUGUCAUAUGUAAAAUGCUUGUAUUCAUUGUUUAAAUAGAAACAUAUUAUGUGAUUUGCCAUAAUGUGAUUUUUUCAUAGUCAAUUAUUAGCAUAAACGACUUUAGUAGGAAGAUGAACUAAGGCUCAGAUUAAGUAAGAAAGGAACCUAGCAGGUUUACCAGCUUCCUGAUUGAAUGUGAUUGGAUUGUUAAAACAAUGUGAAUUGCAGUUGGACAGACAGAAGGCAGAACAGUACUGAGAGGAUACAUGCUGCACGCAGGCAAACGCACACACAGACACACACACAGACACAAACACAGACAGACAUACAGACACACGCACAAAAACAGACACAGACACAAACACAGACAGACACACAGACACACACACAGACAAACACACAGACACACACAAAGACACAUGUGUGAAGUUCCCCUUUUCUGAUAAAGAUGCAGACAGAUGUCCCACACACACCUCUGAAUAACUCUUCACACUGAUGUCACACACAGACAGCAUAGAUAAAAGAAAAGUGUCCCUAUCGAUGGCAUAGAGAGAGAUAGAGUCAUAAUGUGAACUCCAUUUGAAGGUUGGGGAAGCCGCAAACAGAACAGUCAAAGUGAUAGGAUGAAAGGCUGCACUUUUCACUACUUGUUGUCAUGCAGCUAUCAUGUUAUAUCACUGUGUUUAGAAUAUCCUGUCAUGUUUAACUUCCUGAGUGAAUGUGAUUGGAUACUUUAAAAACUGUAGUGGACAACAGACAGAGAUCAGAGAGGUAACUGGUAGAGAUGCACAUCUGAGCAACUACUCAACUACUAGUCACUGAAGUUAGAAUCAUACAGUAGAUAUUACCAUUAGGAGUCAGUUAGAAAGGUAAUCAUACAGUAGAUAUUACCAUUAGGAGUCAGUUAGAAAAGUAAUGAUACAGCAGAUAUUACCAUUAGGAGUCAGUUAGAAAGGUAAUCAUACAGUAGAUAUUACCAUUAGGAGUCAUUUAGAAAGGUAAUCAUACAGUAGAUAUUACCAUUAGGAGACAGUUAGAAAGUAAUCAUACAGUAGAUAUUACCAUUAGGAGUCAGUUAGAAAGGUAAUCAUACAGUAGAUAUUACCAUUAGGAGUCAGUUAGAAAGGUAAUCAUACAGUAGAUAUUACCAUUAGGAGUCAGUUAGAAAGGUAAUCACACAGUAGAUAUUACCAUUAGGAGUCAGUUAGAAAGGUAAUCAUACAGUAGAUAUUACCAUUAGGAGUCAGUUAGAAAGGUAAUCAUACAGUAGAUAUUACCAUUAGGAGUCAGUUAGAAAGGUAAUCAUACAGUAGAUAUUACCAUUAGGAGUCAUUCAGAAAGGUAAUCAUACAGUAGAUAUUACCAUUAGGAGUCAGUCAGAAAGGUAAUGAUACAGUUUGUUUCUAAACUAUGACAUGGCAUUGCUUCUAUAAAAUCAACAUUGUGAGGAUGCUGUGUUCUGUGUUGUGUUCUGUGUAUUGGCCAUAGAGACUAUAACACAUUAACAUUUAAACUUAGGUUAACAGAAAGAAGAAAACAUUAAGGUAAUAUGUAAAUGUUUUAGCUUUGCUUUCGGGCUCUUAUCCCCUAAUCUGAAAAAACAUGUGCAAACUCUACACUUGGUGCCAAUGCUUAGCUAGUCUUACUAACAAUAUUUCUGGUCUGAUAUCAAUCAUCGUUUUCACACUGACCACAUUAAUUAAGCUUUCAGCUAAUAUAAGACACUUAUAUGUACCUAAAUGUUUAAAAUCUAUAUUAACUCUUAGAAUUGAUUUGAAUAACACGCCCUCCAGUUUAACUGGAUGUUGUCCCGCAUGCGGGAGGCCGAUCCCUGACAUGAAUAGACUGUUUAGAGGGAAUUGGACAAAGCUGAAACCGAUACAGUUUUGUGACUGAUCCAAAAGGCUGCAAAUAAUCUAUAGGCAAAAAUGAAUUACAACAAAAUGAUCAUACCAUGUAGCAUGUAAAUGCAUGUACUCCCAGUUAAUUACACAAUCUUAGGGAAAAUGUUCAUGUACAACAAACAGUUGUAGAUGAUAAUAUAAUAAACACAUUUAAACAAGAUGUGGAUUUGACCUAUAUGUAGAUAUUUCUGUAAUUUCUCACAAAUCCAGCGCAUCAUGUGGUUGCACAGUGCAUCGUUCAAGUUGGCCAAAACGCCGACCACUCUUUCAGUACCAAGAGACAACUAACACACCGCGUCCACAAUAUUGGUUUUCAGAUAUUCAGAUUCUGGAUUGCGUUCCAAUAAUCUCUUCUUUCUGCUGAAGUGUACGCUCAUCUACUAUUUCCCAUAAAUCUAAAAGCCUUGGGUCGGUGUAGGCAUGUGGGCUAGAGGGAAAUCCCAUAUACUGGUGAUUUCCUAUCAAAUGCAUAAAGGGAAGUGAACAAGCGCACACUUCUGGAGAAAAUGUUGAAUAUUGGAAACCACCGCUCGCCUCAUUCUCAACACGCAUUGGGAGAGAAUAUCCAAGGUCCCUCCCCUCAGAAGUUUUCAAGGACAGGCAGCGGCGACCCCGUCAUUCAGGGCAGGUGGGGCAGAGCUUUAAUUUUAGCAUGAAUUCUUGUCACAUAUCAGAUAAUUCUUCUCUCCCUUGCUUUCUCUCUCUCUCUGUCUCUCUGUCUCUCUCUCUCUCUCUCUCUCUCUGUCUCUCUCUCUCCCCUCUCUCUCCUCUAUUCUGACCUCUCCCUCAUGUCACAUAUCAGUUAAUUCAUGUUAUACAGUGCCUUACAAAAGUAUUCAUCCCCUUUGGUGUUUUUCCUGUUCUUGUUACAUUACAACCUGUAAUUUAAAUGGUUUUUAUUUGGAUGUCAUGGUGAUGGACAUACACAAAAUAGUCCAAAUUGGUGAAGUGAAAUGAAAAAAAUUACUUGUUUCAAAGAAAUAAAAAACUGAAAAGUGGUGCAUGCAUUAUGUA